GUGCACAAAAGUGUGUGUGUUUGUGUGUGUUCAGGUGUGAGCCUCGGCCUUGGGGUUGGACUUAGAAAGACGUCAGACCUCGGAUAGUGUGGGAGGCAAAGUGUUGGUCAGAGUUGUUCAGGGGGACCCUGGCUGCUGACCAUGGGGCCAAGGCACUGAGGGGCCCCAGGAAAAAACAUUAAAAACACAAAGAGCAGGGGGAUACGCAGGAAGAAAAAAUCUAAAAAAAAACCCAAAACAAAACAAAAACAAUAGGACGGCAUCACGAUGGUAGCGGAGGAAGUGUUGAUUACAUUGUCUGGUGGAGCGCCGUGGGGUUUCCGUCUACAGGGUGGCGUGGAACAUCAUAGACCACUCCAGGUGGCGAAGGUACGUAAACGCAGCAAGGCCUGUAGAGCAGGACUAAGGGAAGCGGAUGAGCUGGUGUCCAUCAAUGAACAGCCAUGUGAAUCGCUAUCCCAUGCACAGGCAAUGAACCUCAUAGACAGCUCUCCAGGAAUACUACACAUCCGCAUCAAAAGAGCACCUGCCGGAUUUCAGUCAGUGGUGCUAGUCACCCGCGCCCCGUCCCCUCGCAUCGACAAGGAGUACCGUGCUUCCCUGCAGUCCCUGUCACCCACCGACCUCCACCACCAAGCGCCCAUUCGUGAGGUCCACCGAAGCCGCUCUUCCCUAACCAGCGGACUGACAUCGCCGCCUGGUAGCGAGGCUUACUACGGAGAGACUGAUAGUGACGCAGAUGUGGCGGGUUACGAAAGGCAACGCAGACCAAAACGACGAAGCCCCAGCAACUCAAACACGGCAAAACCAACAGGAAGGACCUCUCCCGAGGGUGGGGAGACGUCAGAGAUGAGCGGCUAUGACAGCGCUCCAGAUGCACAUGCAUACUCAAAUUUGUCAGAUGGACGUGGGGGAGGCGGAGACGGGUGUCUGCCGGGGGUGGCACGAAGGGAAGUGAUCUACCAGCCACCUGGUCCAGGAAUGUGGUCCUCCCAGACGUCAACUGAGACUUCUUCCAUCAUCUCAUCAACAGACGACCAAGGGCCACGCGACGGAGAGCAGGAGGAGGACUUUCUAGAGAUUGCUAAUGUGCCACUGGUUUCCCCUGAGAGGGCAAAAGAGGCAAUGAUGCUGGGAUCUCGCAGUCAGCUUGUGCCCAUGGUGGGUCCUGUGAAUAACCCUGUUGAUGAGGAACUUACGACAACCUACAUGGAGAAGGCUAAGCAAGCAAAGCUCAACCGAGGAGAUAAUCCACAGGACAGGCAUGUAAAGGAAGCCAGAAGUAAAUGUAGAACAAUUGCAUCUCUUCUGACGGAUGCCCCCAACCCUCACUCCAAAGGGGUGCUGAUGUUCAAGAAAAGGCGACAGCGCUCCAAGAAGUAUACCCUCACGAGCUUUGGCAGUGUGGAUGAGGAUCAGUGUCAGGACUCACAAGAAGACGAUGGAGUUUUACCUGGCAGUGAAUCAGAAUUCGAUGAAGAGGGCUUUUCGGCAGUUCCUGACCCGACAUGGGAUAGUGACUACUUGAAUAUGCUAGAGAAGAGAGCAACUGCAGGCGUCGAGGGCCGUGGGGAUGGGGAAGAGGAUGCUCAAAGUCCAGGUUUGAAUGACACUGCAGGGAAGGGUGCCCAGCUGUUUGAACAGCAAAGAAAAAGGGCUGCUGAGCAUGCAAAGAAGGUGGAAGCGACCCAGUCUCAGGCCACCCAACAGUCUAUUAUGGAGCAAGCUCAGGUGUUCCAUCCAGACAUGCAAAUACAGAUGCAGCCAAAUCUCCAUCAAGAGGUAUCCCAGACCACAGAUCAGAUUUCUGUUGCAACGUACAGCAUGCCAAAUGGAGACCUAUCCCAGGCAGCAGGUAGAACAGCCAGCAUGAUGACCUCGUCUCUACCUGUGGAUAUGAUCACUGCCAAUAUACCACCAAUGGAGAUGUCCAUACCAGAAGUACCUGCCGGUAAUGUUCUCAAUAGGACUGCCCGUCCUUUCACACCUGGCUUCAUAGCUAUUCGGGCUGCAACUGCUCCGGUGGCAUUCAAACCACCUGCCCCGAAGACAAACCAGCGAGCUACCUCUACAGCUGCUGUGCCACCACGAUUUUCCACCCUUAAUGCUACGUCAGUAAUGUUACAGUUAGCUCCUGGUCCUCCUGUCCCUGCUAAACCUUCUGGUCCUGUAAUGGAUACAGCAGAGGCUCGUGUUAUUCUAAACUCUCCAGCUUUUACUUCUUCUGUAGAGGCAACACAACCAGCUCAUCAGACAACGGUGGCUUAUCCAGUUCAGUAUGUAACCGCACCUCCAAUGCCUAUACCGUCAAUGCCCCCAGCUCCACCACAACCAAUGCUUUCAGCUCCAAUUCCUCCGAUGUCUCAAAUUCCCAAUCCAAUUCCUACUGUUCAACUGGUUCCUCCUGUUGUACCAGUUACUUCUCAACCACCACCUCAAAUUUCCAUGACACCCGUACUUCCAGUGUCUAUACUCUCUGAGUCUGAAGCUGUUGCACCAACCUCUGUUCCUGGUCCAGGAGGUCGUACUGGAAUCUUACUUGAGGCUCGACGACGUGGAGGCAAACCAAAACCUAUGUUCACUCUGCCAGAAGUCAAGAAAAACUCACCAAAUCCUGACCUGUUGUCCAUGGUGCAGAAUCUUGAUGACAGAACCACCCAGCACAAAUAUACCCAACCAUUCUCAGAAGCUUUCUAUGAUGGUUUGCAGGAAGGAAGCAGUGCUGAGAUGGCUGCAGGGAGGAUGCCUCCCCCAGUAGCACCUAAACCUCGAGUUACACAGGAGGCCCCACAGAUUAUCCAAGCAGGUGGGAAGGGAGCUCAGCUCUUUGCUCGUAGACAGAACCGAAUGGGUAUGUAUGUUGUGGAUACCCCCCCAGAAACCACCUACCAACAGGAAAUGGCCUUGCAUAGUUCCACCCAACACCUUGACUAUUCCUCCAACCCCUCAAUACCUUCUCAAUGGAAAUAUUCCCCCAAUGUUCGUGCCCCUCCGCCCAUUGGGUAUAACCCACUCUUGGCCCCCUCUAUUCCAACGGGGCCACAGAGGAACAUGGGCAAGCCAAGCACUAGAGGGAAAGAAGGUACCCAACGAGAGGGCAUAAAAGCUUUGGAUUUUAUGAGAAGGCAGCCCUAUCAACUUAACUCUGCCAUGUUCAACUACAGUGGAAGUGCUGGUAAUCUAUCAGCUGGUCCAUCUUUCCAGGAUCAGAGGCACGGCCACCAUACAACAAUGGUGGGCAGCUCACUAACAUCACCUAAGCAAAUACCUGUAAAAACAGCUCGUACCUAUGAGAUAAAGCGAUUCUCAACACCGACACCUAUGUCUGCUCCAUCUCUGGUUCCCAAAGUCCUAGCACCCCGCUCAGCCACUACCCUCGGAGAGCGUAUAAAUCACUCUGACGUGACCACUCCACCUCCUGGUCCGACGCCAGACACCAACUUAGCACAAGCCCCCUUCAGGGACCACGUCCCACCCACAGUUUCACUUUCCAGCCAAAUGGCUGGGUUGCCCAGCCUUCCAAAAUUAUCUGCUAUGCCUCCCCUGAACCCCGGGCCUGGAGCACCGACACCUUACAGUCCAGUUUCCUAUAACGCUGGACUCCAGGCAGCCAAGCAGUUUCAGAGUGCUCCUGAGCUCAGCAUCCUUUCCUCGUUGCCUCCUCUAAAGGCCAACGCGGUUCAGGCACCCAAACCGCGUUUUGUUGCUACCAAAGGAGGUGUGCAGGCUCGUGUGUGGAGACCCGGGGCGAUUUAAACAGGACAUAAACCACUACUGCACCUGGA